ACGUGACUCGGGCGGCUGGGCCUGCGGAGCCUGUAGUGUCCGCGGGACCUGGAGGUGCGGCGUGGCACACCUGCUUUUUCCUCCCUGGAUUCAGUCACAAAGCACUUCCUUCUCUUUUGCCUUCUCUUUUUCCUCCGUAAAGUUUUCCCCCUUCCCUCUUCUUUUCUGUUUUCCUUGCUUUUUCACAUCUUUUCGAUUCACUCUCCGAGUGUCCGAUUCCUUCACCUCCUUGCCUUUGCCUCUGUGGCCUCCGUCCUUAUUCUUAAAUAUGUAAUAACAUGGAGCAUACUGGUGAGAGCUUGUGGACAAAUGUAUAGGAUCAAGAAUUCACAUUGUGAUGAAGAGUGAUAAGGAAAUUGUUGGUACUCUUCUAGGAUUUGAUGACUUUGUCAAUAUGGUACUGGAAGAUGUCACUGAGUUUGAAAUCACACCAGAAGGAAGAAGGAUUACUAAAUUAGAUCAGAUUUUGCUAAAUGGAAAUAAUAUAACAAUGCUGGUUCCUGGAGGAGAAGGACCUGAAGUGUGAAUGAGUUUCCUUGACUUACGCUAGAUUCUGUUUUGUCUUUUAAUGACAAGAAAAUGGAAUUUUUUUUUCCCACCUUCUAAUGUUUAAAUCCCAUAAAGCUAAGUUUCCCGUUAAAGGGAAGUGCUUUGAAGAUGUGUACCCAUUUUUGUAAGUUAAUCAUAAUUAUCCUGGAAAAGAAGAAAAGAGCUUCUUCUUUGGAGACGAAAAUAAAGGUGUUUUUGGUUAACUGUCAUUUUAUUUAUUGUACUGCAGUAGCCAGUAGAACAAAGAUUGUGGUUAUUUUGCCACUUACUUUUCUAUCAUUAUACGCUUAUUUGCUUUCUCAUUUACAUGACCAUUUGAUUCUCAAACAAAAGUUGUUCCAAACAAAAUGAUGAACUUUGAUUUGAACAGGUGCAUUUAAACAACUGGAAAUGAUCACUUAGAAAAUUAAAUUAAAAUGCUGUUGUUUUGUAA